AAUAAACGUGAUUCACAGGUGUAAAUAGGAACUUAAGCUUACAACAGCCUGAUAAUAGCUGCAGUUCCUUACUAGAAGCAUCACCCGGGUAGUGUGAGCAGCAGAGAGCAUCAUGGGAGGAGUUGCACUGGACGACGGCAGCAGUAGGGUGAAAGCACCAGACGGUGGCUGGGGGUGGGUCGUGCUUUUCGGCUGCUUCGUUAUCACGGGUUUCUCUUACGCCUUCCCCAAAGCAGUCAGUGUCUUCUUCAAGGAGCUCAUCCGCGAGUUUGGGGUGGGAUACAGCGACACCGCCUGGAUCUCCUCCAUUCUGUUAGCCAUGCUCUAUGGCACAGGUCCUUUGUGUAGCGUGAUGGUGAACAGGUUUGGCUGCAGACCUGUUAUGAUGGUGGGGGGACUGUUUGCCUCUCUGGGGAUGAUCUUAGCCUCGUUUGCCACCAGCAUCAUACACAUUUACCUGUGUGUCGGGGUCAUCACAGGCUUGGGCCUGGCCCUGAACUUCCAGCCCUCUCUGAUCAUGCUGAACCGGUACUUCAGUGAGAAGCGCCCGCUGGCUAACGGCCUGGCCGCUGCGGGGAGCCCAGUGGCCCUGUGCGCCCUGUCCCCCCUGGGCCAGGUCCUCCAGUACGAGUAUGGCUGGAGGGGCGGCUUCCUCAUAUUGGGGGGGAUACUGCUGAACUGCUGUGCGUGCGGCGCUCUUAUGAGGCCUCUCAAGGGCCCCAAAAAGCCAGAGGGCGAGCUGGCGAUCGAAGAAGGCGCCUCGGUGGAGGAGACGAACAAGCCAAAGCCUAAAGCCAAGCUGCUGGACUUCACCGUGUUCAAGGACCGCGGCUUCAUCAUCUACGCCGUGGCCGCCACCAUCAUGGUCCUGGGGCUGUUCGUGCCCCCGGUGUUCGUGGUGAGCUACGCCAAGGACCUCAAGUACGAGGACAACAAGUCGGCACUGCUGCUGACCAUCCUGGGCAUGAUCGACAUCUUUGCGCGGCCCACGUGUGGCCUCAUCGCCGGGCUCAAGUGGGUGCGACCGCGCUGCGUCUACCUCUUUAGCUUCGCCAUGAUCUUCAAUGGCACCACUGACCUGGUGGGCUCCUUGGCCAAGGACUACGGUGCACUGGUGGUCUUCUGCAUCUUCUUCGGCAUCUCGUACGGCAUGGUGGGCGCCCUGCAGUUCGAGGUGCUCAUGACGAUUGUCGGCACAGAUAAGUUCCCCAGCGCCAUUGGCCUCGUGCUCCUAAUGGAGGCCAUGGCUGUGCUGGUGGGGCCGCCCUCUGCAGGAAGACUUCUUGACGCCACCAAAGACUACAAGAACGUGUUCCUGCUAGCCGGGUGCGAGGUGGUGCUGGCUGCAGUGGUGUUGGCCACGUGCAACUUCCUCUUCAUCAAGAAGACGCCUCAGGAGCCGGAUGCCAAGCUGGAGAAUGGCAUCGACACUACAGAGAUGGAGCAGCUCAACAGGCUCGAGCAGGAAGUGGUGGAGAAGGAGGUGGUGGAGGAGGUGAAGGAGAAGGAGGCCCCAAAAGCUAAUGGGGGCGUGGAGGAGCCGCGGCCCGACAGCGUCAUGGUGGACUCAGGAGAGGUGGAGCGUUUCCUAACAGAGGGAGAGCAGAAUGAUGACGUGGUUUCCAACCCUGAGACCAAUCUGUGACGGACGGACAGAUAGUCAGACAGAGACUCCUCAAGCUCUUGAGACUCAGUGAAGAUGAAGGCAAUGAUUUUUAAGAGUAGUUCAUAGUGACACUCCCAAGAGAGGAGGAGGAGAACCAGGAGGCUUUUUCUCGGCAGACAAGUGGAGCGUCACCUACGUUCAGCUUAGCUAUCGUGUAGUUGUCUUUCCAUUUCUCUGGCUUUUUAUGCCAUAUCAGCACACUUUAACUUAAACGAAGUUCAUGUUUUAUUUAAUAGAAACACAUUCUGCACUGUCAUAAAAAAAUAUAUAUAUUUUUUGAAUAUUGUAAUAAAUAUGUUUUUUGUUAGUAGAUAAUAUAUAAGAACGCAGACCCCAUCAGGUCUAUACAUGUGUGCUGUAUUAGGGUAUCACUCAGUGAUGCAUUCCCCACACAUUAAAAGACAGUGCACCAACAAUGUGAAGAGAUUUUCAUUACGAACAUCCAGUCAGUUAUGAGUACUGGAUUUGUUUUAAAAGUUCUCAUACAUCCAUACUGCAUGAGCCACAACAGUGAGGCUUUGGUCUGGUUUGUUGUGUGUUCACAUCAAAGUAUACUGUAUACUAGUGUUCCCACCAUCAGGGCUGAACCAGGGAAGGGGUGUGUGGCUGCCUUGCAUAGACACAUUGGUUAUGUUACUGCUGCUGGGCCUUAGGUUUAAACAAGAGACACUGGAAAAGUUAAGUAUUUAGGCCUUCAGACCCCACAGACUGACCUCCUAAGACGCACUUAAAUCUCUAUGGCCAGUGGAAAAAAGGUUACAUUGGUUAUGUUAUGACUACUGUGGUACCAGGAAGGCAGGCGAAGCUUAGUGAGCUGAUGAGACUGUUCUUUCUUGUUUUUGUAUGAGAUAGCGGUUUGUUUUUUUUUGGAUUUGACUUUUAUUUGAUUUGACCGUUUGCACAGUUUUUGUGUCCUUAUUUGUUUCUGUGGAAUCCCUUGACCGAGUGUGCAUUGUUGUUGUUGAUUUUGUUACAUGAGCUUUUACAUGAACUUCAGGUACAACUGAGUUUCUGUCUACAGAAUCUUCCAUUUACUUAUAAGGCUUCUAAGGGUCAUAUUACUGCCUGUUAUUUCAGUUUUUUUUUUUUGUUUUUUUUUUGUGUGUUUGUAAGAUAGUUCAUUGGAGUAUUGUGGCUAGUCUUCCUCAGAAGACAAGACAUUCCUGUGAUAAAUGCUCUGUCUGUUUUUUAAUAAUCUUUUAACCUUACUUGAUUUUACUUCUUUGUGACUUGGAAAGGUGUCGCAAUAUCUUGUUGGUUAUUGUUAGUCAAGGGAUGGAAACUGGCAGCUAUUUUCUGUAAUAAGCUCAGAGUAGAGCACUAGCACUAGGAUUUAAUUUCCUGGUUAUUUUUCUGUCUCCGCUGUAACUCCGUUUCUGGCUGUUACUGAGGAGUGAAUCAGCAAGGGUUGAGCAUCUUUACCCUGACCAACACUGCCGCUGUCUUAUAAAAAUAGAUCCCUAAUGUGUCAAAUUGGAGCAACUGCCAGGGUCUGUUAUAACCCAGAAGCCUAUCACAAAGGGAGGAAAUGCACCCUUCCUCUGAACUGGAGGGCUUUUAGAGUGACAAUAUUAGUCAACACCAAGAUGUAGAUGUAAUCUAAUAGGCCAGCACUUCGUAGGGGAGGAGCCUCAAAUCAUAUUAAACUGAAAAUAACUGGAAACAAGUUGACUUAUUACCUCCCAGUGAUGGACUGGGUUCUUUUGAUGAAUAAUGGGAGUUUUUAUUUCCGUUUGUUUAUAUAGUUUGGACAAAGCACUGCCACUCCAGAUACACACACAUUCGUAAACACACACAGUAUUUACACACACCAGCACUUUGCUCAAUUAAUUUCAUGUGUGCCUCCAAAGUUUCAAAAGUGUGUUUUUUACUUUUCUGCAGUUACAAUUAUGUGUUGGACCACUUGUUCAGUAUAGUGAGAAGAUGAACACAAAUGGUAAGCUUACGCUCUAUUUGAUUGUUAUUCCAUGUCCACCACGGGUCACAAGGGUGAGUAUUUGUAUUCUGUGUGACAAAAAGUGUGAGUGCGCUUCAAUUUGGCCAUGUUAAGUGUUGAGACGAUGUAUAAUCUCAUUUAUGCCGACCAGUGUGUGUCUCCGCGGUGCUCAUGUGACCCUAUGCUACGGUCUUCUGUGAAAAAGUGCAUUUUUAUGUAGUGUUGUUUCACAGUGACUGUAUCUACCUGCACUCCUUGUAUCACUACCUCCCCAAACCUGCACCUACUGCUUUUGAUUUGACCCUUGCAGAGUUCAAUAAAUAUGAAACUAUGAAGAAA